UACUAGAAGCUAUGGAGCAGGUGGUGCCUUAUGCAGACAAAAGGUAUUGUGUGAGGCAUAUAUGGGCAAACUUCAAGCUACAAUUUAGUGGUGCAACUUUCAAGGAGUUGUUCUGGUCAGCAGCUAGGGCAACAACUUUGUUUGACUUUGAAGUGGCAAUGGAAUCAAUUAAGUUUCUGUCUGAAGAAGCAUAUGAAUAUCUAGCUGAGAUCCCAGCUCAACACUGGUCCAGACAUGCAUUUAGUCCAUUCCCAAAGUCUAACAUGUUGCUCAACAAUGUAUGUGAGACUUUUAAUGCGGUCAUCAAAGAAGCAAGGGAUAAGCCAAUUUUGACUCAGAUGGAGUGGCUUAGGAGGUACAUGAUGAGAAGGAACCAUGAGAAAUGGGAGAGUUAUCAGGAAAUGGAAGAUAAGGUUGUUCCUUAUGUGAAGAAGACAUUUGAAAGGAUAGAACCUGCUACUAGACAUUGCAUUGUGUAAUGUUCAAGGGGUCAUACUUAUGAGGUAGAGUUGAACUCAGACCUAGUGACAGUUGAUCUCAGCAAACAAACAUGCUCAUGCUACC